AUGAGCUCGAGUUCGGGGAGUUUUCGCUGGAGGUUUCGAAAGGGCAGCAUGGUUUUCACUGGAACGCGUGAAGAGUUUGAAAACGCUUUGCGUCUACAAUUCAGCUCCACCUCAAGGGAUCGCCCAUCUCACCCACAGGCAAAUCAAAAUCUUGUACAGAGUAUCAAAGCGAGAACCUGGGAUACUUUGUCUCAAAAUGAGAAAAGUUUAGGCAUUCGAGACGCGGUGGACGCCGAGUUGGUGGCAACUUCGACCCGACCGUCGUCACUGACGCCGUGUAUUCCGUCUCGGCUGUCACAAGAGGUUGACAGACGGAUGGAUAGAAGGGAAAGUAGUAGCGAGGACGUUCAAUUAGCGACAUCCCCCUCGCGAGAAGACGCGCGGAACAGAUAUUACGUUGAUGUUGGAGUCCAAUGUUCAGAGGUAGCCGACCUCGAGAAUGCAGACGCAGUCGUCCAUAGAUCUCCCGAGAUUUCAGACUCAACAGAACUUCACGGUAUAUCUGAAGCGUCUGACCAGGCCCAGUCUAUUCGCCAGGCUCUUGACGUGGGCGUCGCCUGGAUAUCCGGUCAAGUCAAUCAAAUGGAUAUAAACACCGAGGUUGAGAUCAAAUAUCCCGCUCUGCCCACUCGUGUUUCUCUGCCACAAUCUUGCUCCUGCUCUCAAGGUUCAACUCCGCCGAUUCCAGGAGCGUUCCCAGAGAGCACACAACCUCAUUUGAACGUCUCUCACGAAUCUUUGAGGCGCUCUCUACGGGAUCGUGGCGAUUCAAGUGCCCACCGCCCACAGCGUCUCGCUACGAGCGAAGUCUUGCAUUCCGUGCAGGCAGCUCCAGUCGAUCACCCUACAAACGCCUCCUCUUCUGCUUCGAGCUCGACCAACCCCAGCGCAGGCCGUGUCACAGUUGGUAAAAUUGGAGCACCAGUAGAAAAUUCGCAUCAUUCGCCUCUCUCUCGUCCUCGAGUUCUCGUUGGCAGCGGCGCGUCGAACAGUGGGUCCCGUAGUCACACCCCCAUCGUAGACUUCCGCGCCGCAAGGCAAUCUCAACGACGCGCCUCAACGCGCGUCUCCCCAACUGUAUCCAACCCGCCCACACGUCCUCAUUCACCGCUGUCUAUCUCUCCCGGUAAAGCUCACCCUGACAACGACCUCGCGAUUCCCUACGGCGACCCAUUGGACGGUGGAAGCACGGUUGAGAGUUACCAACGUACUCGACCAAUGAACUCUGACAAGGGCAAAGGGGUGGCGCAUCCCCGUGGUGGUACAGAUGCGAGAGAGAGCGAUUAUGAGAGUCACGUGUCCGAGUCAGAGUUUGAGGAUGAUUUCAACAUGGUUCCGCGCCUACUUUCGCCUCGUAGUCGAUAUCCUCCAGUCCAACACCGAACGGUUUCGCCUUCUUCGUUGCCUGGAAACCUCAAAUCACCUAUCCCGGCAGUCUCUCGUCUUUCUCCCUCCAUGUAUUCUCAUCGGAGCACGACUUCGACCGCCAAAAAAGGAGGCUCCGCGGAGCAAACCCCACGCCCGAGGCUCAAGCCAUUCUCCACCACGGUCAUCGCUCCUAGUUCGCAAAACGAAUCUGUAUCUGAACAUGAUACGUCAUUUCAAUCUGAAGACGAGGAGCUUUUCGAUUCGGUCUCAGACAUAGAUCUAUCACAGCUGGACAUCAGUCCUGCUCUUCCACAAUCAAGUGACGAGGCUGAACACCGACAUCCAGUCCCCAGUGGCACAAAGGCUGCUCAGAGGUCUUCUGUUACAAUUAUCCAGCCGACAGCUCCCACCCCUUUGUCACGCAAUCCAGGUGCUUCUUCGUCCUUGACAAUGGUUGCUCGUCAGCAGCACGUUCGACUCCGAAACCCGCAUGUGCUUGCGCAUGCCCCUAGGCACCAAGAUGUGUGGAAUGAUCUGCCUGUCGGUACCGCAUUUCAGGUCGCGCUCAUGGCACAAAAUCUUGGUGUAGAUCUAGAGGCCAUCACCAAAAAAUCUGUGAUCCCACUGACCGAAAAGGGGAAUGAAAUGAUAAAGGCUGUCGAGUCAGUUCUUCGUGAAGCGAUGACAAGCCAAGGUGGUGGUCAACCUUCUUAUUCACGACGAAACGACGACGAGACAGAUGUGGAGGACUAUGUCACUGAUGUGGAAACGGACUCGGAGAUGUUUGUUCGACCGGGGAAUCAAACCCCGCAGGCGACCAAUACAUCACUCGACCAGGUCGCAGCGGAACUUGAUUGGGAGGCGGAACAGAUUAUCCUUGGGACAGGUGACAUGCUCGGAUGGCGCGAGAACGAGGGACCCGGGAAAUCACAGAGCCAGAAAAGUUCUUCGCCUCUGCUCGAUCUCGAGAGCCAAGGUCGCAUUGUCCUUGAGCCACUCUGUCUCCGCGGCUCGUCCAUCUUUACACGCACUCUUGGGUCGCACCGAUUUCUUCGAAUGCGAAUCUCCUCGGCUAUCCAGCGUCACGUUGGAGUCUGGAGCAACUCAAGCGCCGAGGAACGUUCGGAGAACAAGAGACGUCUUCGGGAGUAUGUUCAGCGCCCACUGUUCAUCCUCGGCCGAGUCUAUGUCCCAAUGCUCGAAAAGGAUGGUGUGAUCCUGUACUUUUUGGAGGGGAAAGAAUCCGUUGGGGAGUUUUUUGAGCAACAGUUCAAGCUCCCACGCGGUCGCAGCUACGGAGUCGUCGAGUGUCAAACUCUCCAAGGUCUCAUCAACUGGUGGGUUCCACUCAAGUAUAACGAAAAGCAAGAUAUGUCAAAACUAGCUACUCGACUCGAGCUUGGCUUCUCCGACACUCUUCCUGGGGUGCUUCUGGAACCGGCUCAUAUCCACGUCGUCAAUGACAUUGAGAAUGACGAUGGUACCGUCUUUACUGAUGGAGCUGGCUUAAUGACUCCGUCGCUUGCUCGGACGCUCGCUCGCAAGUAUCCAACCAAGGACCAACGCGACCGCGACGCUCUCGACACCCCAGUCGCAUACCAGAUCCGCGUUCAGACCGCCAAAGGCGUCGUACUCAUCGACCCCGAUAUGCUCGUAGACAGAAACUUUGACGGUCCGCAUCGUCUACUGUUGUCAAAAUCUAUGUGCAAGGCUGCGCGUGGGAACAAACCGUUGCGCCCUGGACCCGUCAACGGAAUGCAUAUUCUCGACGCCGCCGACUGCAUCGUCUGUAUUGUCAAGCCUGCGCCCGUCAGCGCGAGCACGGGUGUGCGCCUCUCCUCCCAAUUUAUUACUGUCCUCUCGUCGUGUGGCGUUCCCGACGAUGUCUUUCUCCAAAUCCAACACGAUGCACUGGAGAAGGAACUCGAGGCUUGGACGGACAUCGAGACGGAGGAGGUUAACAAAGGCCACCGGAUCAACGAAAACACUCGACUCCGUAUGGCGAGACUCAUCUCCCAUACUCAAUCACUCGUGCUGACCAUCAAGAAACGUGAACUCGGAGGCGAGGCAAAAGGGUUGGGCUAUGGACGCAGGACGAAGCGCGAAACCGAGGCAGGAUACGAGUCGGAGGAAGAGACCAAACCGAGCCUAGUCCACGCCAACAGCUUUGACAGCUUUUCCUCCAUGGCCACUGGAUCUGGCAACCUCGAACUUCGAUCCGUACCUGCCUAUACUCACAACGAGAUUAGUGGAUUCCCAGCUUCGAAGGGUCAAGCACUUCAUGAUGCGCUCCUAGCUGGGAUUGAAGUCCACAAGUCGAACUAUUGGUUGAAGCUGUGGAGUGAAAUGGCUUCCGAGGCGAUGAUGAGGGUUGUCGCAAAGUUUCACCUCCCUGUCGAGAGGUCUGCGUGUGGAUUCUUGCAACCUGAUUUUACGGGUAGUCUAAAGGAAGGAGAGGUCUUCUUUUCGCCCAAGUCGGCAAUGGUGGACUCGGAAACGGGUCUCGCUGUGCAGUUCAUCGAAGGCGAUGUCAUUGUUGGCCGCCACCCAGCACUACUGCCGACGGACAUGCGCAAAGUCAAAGCGGUGUUUGUCCCGAAGCUCCAAGACUUUAAAGGAAUCUUGUUCUGCUCUAUUCACGGCGAACUUCCUUUGGCUUCCAUUCUUGCAGGAGGAGAUUAUGACGGAGACGAAGGGACAAUCAUCUGGGAGCAGAGAAUUGUCCAGCCUUUCAAGAAUGCACCACUUCAUCUGCGCGAGCCACCACCAGGUUUCGACGACAAGUUUGGGAAGGUGACCGAAAAGGUGUCAGAUGUCAACAAGGAAGCCUCGAGUUACGAUGCCUCGGAGUACGCUGCGAUACUUGCGCCGAGGCUCAUUGCGUCGGUGGGUGAAGGCGAUACUUUUAAAAUCUACAACUCCUUCUGGAACAUGGCCGUCCACCGUUAUGGUCUCUGGUAUCCGGAGAACGACAAAGAGCUGAGCCCAGCGGUUGAAAUGGCGCACAAGUUCAAUGUACUCAUGGACAGCAAAAAGUCUGGCCUGCGGAUCCGGGAUGAAGAGCUCACCCACGAUCACCGAGAGUGGUCCAAGUUUAGCGAGCCAUAUUGGCGCCAACGACAGAUGGAGCUUGACAAGAAGGAGACUUUCAUCAAGGAACACAACCCAAAGUCUCUAGAGCCCAAGGGGGGAGGCAUACCGAUUCUCGACCGACUCGCCUACGCGGGCGAGAAGCAGGUGGACGAAGAAAUUAAGCGUCUGAAGGACCGCGUCGACGCAUCGAGGGAGGAAAAUGACCUCUUUUUCCUGGGCAACGGUACCGAUGAGGAUCUGGCCGCGCCGUGGAAUGCAGCAGUCAACUUUGCAAAGGGGAACCGUGUCUACGAGGCGCAACUCGACGCCAUCAAAGUAUUCGUGAAAGAGUGCUUCGAUGCCAUGAAGAGGAUCAGUGUAGAAACGGCCAGGAGACGGUGCACGGCACGGCAGAGGACCAACGAGAUUCGGGCCAUUUGUACGCGGUUCGCCGAGUUUCAACCGCCAUUGGAUGAAGGGCAGCCGUCGAUGUUUGGUGUGCUGGAUGCGGAUGCAGUUCGAGGACGGGUCAUGGCGAGCUGCAUGUAUGUGCAUGAUAUGCUCCAUGGUGGAUCACGUCGCGGAGGGAGCACGAAUGGACUCGGAUGGCAGAUUGCGUUUCGCGAGUUGUGUGCGAUCAAGUCCAAGACGGUUUCAAAGGGGGAUACGGUUUCACUUCCGAGGACUGUUCAUGAAAAGCGCGAGACGCACAAGUAUUGGGGUUGA